AUGCCCAUUAAAGCUGCCAUUUGCAAUGUGAAGCUGUGCACGCAUUCAGAGACAUUAUUAUACGCCUGUACAGAAAGACAGCUCAGCGCAUGCGUACGAGCGAAUUACUCUAUACGUUUGCCUCGAGUUGAGUGUCUUUAUGAUGAUGAUGAUGAUGAUCUCUCUCUCUCUCUCAUUCUGUUCAUAUCUAUCUAUCUAUCUAUCUAUCUAUCUAUCUAUUAUUCUGUUCAUAUCUAUCUAUCUAUCUAUCUAUCUAUCUAUCUAUCUAUCUAUCUAUCUAUUUCAGUCUGUUCAUUAUCUAUCUAUCUAUCUAUCUAUCUAUCGUCACCAAUAAAUAUUUUUCUAUUCUUCUUUCUUUCUUUCUUUCUUUCUUUCUUUCUUUCUUUCUUUCUUUCUUUCUUUCUAAUACUCUUUACUUCUUUCUUUUUGUCUUUCUUUUUUUUCUUUUAUCGUUUUAUUUUUUUGUUUCGUCUUUUCUAUCUAUUCUAUCUUUUCUAUCUUAUCUAUCUAUCUCAGCCUCAGUUGGAUUUGUUUAUCUAUCUAUCUAUCUAUCUUGUUCAGUCUGUUUCUAUAUCUAUCUAUCUAUCUAUCUAUCUAUCUAUCUUAUUCUAUCUAUCUAUCUAUCUUCGUCUAUCUCAGUCUGUUUCUAUCUAUCUAUCUAUCUCCAGUCUGUAUCUAUCUAUCUAUCUAUCUAUCUAUCUAUCUCUAUCUCAGUCUGUUUCUAUCUAUCUAUCUAUCUAUCUAUCUCAGUUUCUUCUAAUCUUUCUAUUUAUCUUCUUUCUUUCUUUUCUUUCUUUUUUCUUUCUUUCUUUCUUUCUCCCCCCAUCCUAUUGUUUCUUAUAA